UUGGCAGGCAGGAGACAUAGGAAGGAACAUAACCCAACAAAACAUAUGUGUGUGUCUGAGAGACAGAGGAGAGGACAACAAAAUCCUUACUAUCACUCGUCAGAAAGAAGCACAACCAGAAAUCUUGCGUACAGAUAAUAAUAACAACCAAUAAAACACAAAUUACACUAGAUGCCAUUAUUGCCAUUACUCUCCUCCUCCUCCACAAAGGCAUUCCUUAUCUUCCCACGCAGCAUGUCACAGGCAGUCACCAAAACGCGUCUCAGGGGCGUCGUUUUUGACAUGGAUGGCACUCUCACCGUUCCUGUUAUCGAUUUCGCUUCCAUGUACAAAGCAGUGCUUGGCGACGAAGAGUAUCAACGCCUCAAAGCCUUAAACCCUAGUGGAAUCGACAUCUUGAAGCUCAUCGAUCACUGGCCUUCUCAUCAACAGCAUCAAGCCUAUGAUACCAUCGCUCAUUUCGAACGCCAAGCUCUAGAUCAGCUCCAAAUCAUGCCCGGUGCUGCUCAACUUUGUAACCUUCUUGAUUCAAAGAAAAUAAGGAGGGGAUUGAUCACACGUAAUAUGAAAUCAGCAGUUGAUUUAUUCCACCAACGCUUUGGGAUUACAUUUUCCCCAGCAUUAAGCAGGGAGUUUCGUCCUUAUAAACCUGAUCCAGCCCCACUACUGCAUAUUUGUUCUCUCUGGGAUGUUCAACCAAAUGAAGUAAUCAUGGUAGGGGAUAGCCUUAAAGAUGAUGUGGUGUGUGGAGGGAAAGCAGGAGCACAUACAUGUCUGCUUGAUCAAACUGGAAGAUAUGAUUCUCCCGAGUAUGCUAAUGUUGAUUUCAAACCAGAUUUCAAGGUAACUUCCCUUGAUGAAGUUUUCUCAAUUCUGGAGACAAAUUUUGAAUUCUCACCAUGAUGUCAAGUUUAGUUCGCUUGGACCAUUUAUUGUGGUUUGUGAUAUAAGAAUCUGGAGAUGACAUACUUUUGAGGGAAGUUUUAUUCCUCACCUCAUGUAAGGUCAUGAAAAAAAAUCCUUGAAAUUUUUUAGUUGGAGGAUUUCAUAGGUGGCAUUUUUAAUAAUAAUGUUGUUGUAACAUAUCUUGGACAGUUAAUGCUAACUUUUGCCACAAAAUAACUUGAGAAUUAAUGCCUGUUGUACUAUAAAUAAAUCAUGUUGUUACCUUUGUUUCUUUGGA